UUCAGCAACAUUUUACUGUGGGAGUUCUUAUUCCAACAAGGUGGAAUUUAGAGUGAAAAUAAAUAGAAACUAAUGUUCUGCAACUAGAAUCUUGAUAAUUUUUGCACUUUACGUUUUGGAAAUACAAGGUCUUAAUUAAAUGUGAGGUAUUUGCAAAAUCAGACAUCAAUGAAGCUUAAGUUUUCAACAAAUGUUGAGUUCGGACACAAAAUAGGAAACACUUUUACUGACAUCAAAACCUUUUUGUCAGGUUCUGCAUCCAGAAACCCAACCGUUGUACAACAACCUGUUUCUGAGUCAAUCCAGCCAGGAGCUAUGACUCUGAACUGUACAAUACACACUGAGACCUGUGCAGGAGAACACAGUGUCUAUUGGUUCAGACAUGGCUCAGGAGAAUCCCAUCCAGGAAUCAUUUACAUCCAUGGGAGACAGGAGUGAUCAGUGUGAGAAUUGCCCUGAGGCUGGGUCUCCUACACAGAGCUGUGUCUUCAAACUCCCCAAGAUGAACCUCAGCCUCUCUGAUGCUGGGACUUACUACUGUGCUGUGGUCUUAUGUGGGGAGAUACUAUUUGGGAACGGGACCAAGCUGGACAUCAAGGGCAGGACCCUUCUCUCAGACAAGAAGUCCAGCAGUCUCUUAUUCAGAUACAGGGGCCCAAGAUGCAGACAGUCUCCAUUAUGUAGCUCUGAAUCUGAGCAACAAGAACAACAGGUCUAGAAGACAGAGAAGCAACAUGUAGGAAGAGAUGAUGUACUCUGGGAUCAGACAGUAGAACUGGAUGAAUGACACAGCCUUGUUAACUUUGUUAGCUGUAACUGUAAUGAAUUAGGUGCAUUGCUUCUUUGACACACUCAUCUGACAAUGACUUACUUGCGAUAAAUAAAGCGUUUCACAAUAAUCUAGACAAAUUAAGUUGAAUGUAUUUUUUUAUUCCAUGCUCAUGCAUCUUUAUGCUGUAGUGAUUAAUAGUUUUUAAUCUUCUCGUGCCACUAGCACCCGCCUCACACACACAGCAACCUAUUUACAGGUACUCUGGUAUCAUUUGUUAAUUCAGAAGAAAAUAAGACAUGGUAGUACGCAUUUUAAGAAGAGAUUUCAAUUCUUUUACAUGUUUUGUCUUUGUCUUUUAGUGGGAACCCCUUGCCGCUGAGCCAGUAUGGGAAUCCUCAUGCCAACACGUCAGAUUAUAUACAUUUCUAACUUGCUGUAGGAUGCCUUUGCAGAGGCUUAGCUUCGCCUAAUUUAAAUGUAAAACCACUCUGAUGCAGAGCAUAACUGUUCAGAAAGUGUGAAAGCUGAUAUUGGGAUGGUUUCAGAAGUCUCAAAUCCUCAGAAAUAGUGGUUGAUGUUGACUGACUGGAUACAUUUGUUUUGGUAGAAGUGUACAACAAAAUGUAUAUAAUGAUUUUGAAAAUAUAUGAAGUCCUACUUUGAUGAUAACGGUUGUAAAAU